AUGAAGAGGAAGAGUGUGUUUGUCUGUUUCGUAAGUCUCUUUUUUGUUGACUUCUCACUAUUUUGCUUUAUUUGGUUGAAGUUUAUCGGCUAUUCCAUUGAAAAUUUGUUUGACAAUCAUUCGGGAAAACAAUGAGCAAUAAUGUCGCAGCGAAAAUCGCAUCACCGCCGAGAAAUCACAAAUUCGGCUUGCUUCCAAAUGAACGCGUUCUGCGGAAAGGGCCGAGAUUUUUGGGUCGAAAGUCGGCGAAAAUGUGACACUUGUUAGCGAAUUUUGACAUAAAAAAAUUGUGAGCUGUUUCUGCUUCUAUCGCAGAGAGAAAUGUUUUUAAUUUUUUCGAAACUGGCAAAUUUAUGGGCAAAAAGUUUUUUUUUUCUCUCUGCCACUCUUCGCGUUUCACGUAUGUACUUUAUUGGCCGCAAAGAUCGCCCAAUAUCUUGGCUGCCCUGAGGUACAAGCUAGAGCUUUCAGGAAUUGAUAAUGGACCUAUUAGUAUUAGGGUCUAUGUUUUUCGCAUAGAAAUAAAAAUGCUUUUUCUUAGAAAACUUAUUUUUAGAAAAAAUGAUUUUUUUCAUAGAAAAAAACAUUUUUAUUUUAGAAAAAAAUGGUUUUUCCCUAGAAAGUGUAAUUUUUAGUAAAUUUGCGUAUAAUGAUAAAAAAAAUGAUCUUAAACAGUAAUUAGAGAAAAUUUUGUUAAGUAGUAGUGUAAAAUAGUAAGACUAGUAACUUUUUGAGUAAGUAUUGGGGACUAGGGUAUUCGAUGGUGCUGAUUUCGAAAACAUAGUUUGUUUAUUGUGAUUUUGACUUUUUCUUAAAUAGUACUGUAAGUUAGUAACAAUUUGUAUUGUUUAUGCCUCAAUGUCGAUUGAAAUCGAUUUCUUGCUCAUACUUGAGUUAACCCUUAUAUAACUUCAGACAAAUUCUGACGAACCAGAAGGAAUAUUCAAUUAAACAAUUAAUCAAAAAUUCAAAAUUGCUACUAACUUACAGACUACUUAAGAAAAAAGUCAAAAUCGCAAGAAACGACCUAUGUUUUCGAAAUCAGCACCAUCGAAUACCCCAGUCCCCAAUACUCACUCAAAAAGUUACUAUACUUACUAUUUUACACUACUAAUUAACAAAAUUUACAACUAAUAACCGUCUUAAAUCAAUUUUUGUUAUCAUUAUACGCGAAUUUACUAAAAAUUACACUUUCUAGGAAAAAACCAUUUUUUUCUAAAAUAAAAAUGUUUUUUUCUAUGAAAAAAAUCAUUUUUUCUAAAAAUAAGUUUUCUAAGAAAAAGCAUUUUUAUUUCUAUGCAAAAAACAUUUUCCCUUAGUAUUAUAUGUUGGGAAAAUAACGCAAAAUUUUUUACCUCGUCGAAAAAAGGUACCAAUUACCAGAUGCGGCUAGACGUUGCAGAGCGAUGAUGGGCGAUUGCAAAGACACAACGACCCGCCACUAUUUUCCCGACAGACAUUGUGUUUGCUCAUUAUUUUCUUGAUAUUAGUCUGUCGGGAAAAUAAUGUGAAUUUGUCCCUAGACAUGCCCCUGAGACCGGCGCGGCCCGCCCCCGGCCACCUUCGAAUUAGCCUGGCCCCCUAAAUAUGAACUCUGCAAUCGUUACGAGGAGUAACGUAUUUGCUUGUUACGACAGUGAACAAUAAAUUUUUAAAAUAAAAAAUUACCUACCAUUGCCUAAAGCACUUCAAAAAACCCACGGCGAUUACAUACGAGUCCACAUUAUUUUCCCGACAGACCGAUAUCAAGCUGCAAAAACAUAUUUUUUCAGAUAAUUCUUGUGAUCUCACUAACUUGCAUAACGUAUUUUGCCUCCACCGACUACGCCGGCCGAGUUUUAUUCAUUAGACAGUUCUCCAAAGAAUUGGUCCAACAAACCUUUAACUUGACUGCUUUUAACGGAGAUGUCACCGCCGCGGAAACCUCAAAAAAUCCCCAUCGCGUUGAUAUGGGAGAAUGCCUCCCGAUUUAUGGGAAAGUCGGGAUUUUUGUGGCUUAUUGGGGCAGUAAGCGGAAAUACGAAACAGCCAUCGAUUCGUUGCACUGCUACGUGAAGUCCACGAACUACACGUUGUUUGAGAUUGACGUGACAAAAGACAAUGAGACAUUGACACAUUGCUCGGAAUAUCGUCAUCCCAUGUUUCGACGACAAUGCGCAGUCGCCCUGUAUGCGCAAAAAGUGGAUUGGAUGUUGGUUUUGGAUGGAGGUGGGUUUAACUGUAAUUUUUCUUUGUUUUCUAUUUAUUAUUUUCUUUUUUUUAAUUGAAAAGUUAUGUCAUAAUUACAACAUAAUUUUCUCAAGUUCAGCCUAAACAAUUUUUUCUAACACUAUAAUUUUCCGUCAUGAUUUACUGGGAAAUACAGCUUAGCCUGGGCGCAGCUCGCGGUUGCCAAAAUUGCCCUGAAACCACAGUAUAACCCUUGAAAUAGAUGUUAUGACUUCCCUAGCCAACUACGGAGCAUAAAAAGUGCCAUUUUUGGUCGGUUUAUCUAAUUUGAUGACUUUUCGCGGGCGCAGCUCGCGUGUUAAAAACAGCGGUAAGAUGACCGAAAAAAUAGUUAAAAUAACUUUUUUGACUUUGUUCAGCCCUAAAAUGCAAUUAAACUUCUUAUAUUUUACGGGUUUGGCUAAAUUUAUUGCAUUUCGCGGGCGCAGCUCGCGUGCGCAAAUUUUGUCUCAUUUGACGUUAAAAAUUUUUUAAUGGCUUUUAUAUAAUAUUUUGCCCCCAAUGACAUAGUAAAUAAGAAUUUUGACUGCAUUUGACAAAAAAUUCGCACCUUGCCCGGGCGCUGCUCGCAGUUUCUUUUAUAUUUUUUCUGUCUCGGUUAAUGAGCCGAGACAGACAAUUUUGGAUUAAAAUUGUAAAAUACGUUUAUAAAAAAAGUUUUUUUGAAGCUGAAAAGCCUUCAUGAACACAGCUUUCGCAAUGAAAAUUUUCAUUUCAGACACCGCAGUUGUCAAUCCCAAUCAUUGUAUUGAAGAAUAUAUCGACCCGUCAGUAGAUAUGCUCUUCUACGAACGGUUUUUUAAUUUCGAAUUUAAUGCUGGUAAUUAUUUGGUCCGGUUUUCGAAUUUUACACAAAAGUUUUUGAUGGAGUGGGCGGAGUAUGACAAAGAAAUGUCGAACAUUACGGACAGCGGCCGAAAAUGGUUUAGCAAUAUUGAUAAUGGAGCAUUGCAUGUAUGUUUAGAAACAUUUAUAAUUGUUUUGAGAUUUUUAAUUUUUUGAUUUUUUAUUUUUGAUUUUUUUUUUAUUUUUUUAUUUUUCAAAAUUUUUUUAUUAUUUUUUUGGGAUUUAUUUGGAUUUAAAAAAUUUUUUUUUUUGAUUUUUUAAUUUUUUUCUUUUUUUUAUUUAAUUUUUUUUGUUUUUUAAAGAUUUUACAUUUUUUUUUGAAUUUUUUUGAUUUUUAAUUUUUUUUCGAUUUUUUAAUUUUUUUUUCUAUUUUUUUAUUUUUUUUAUAUUUUUUUUGAUUUUUUUAUUUUCAAAAUUUAUUUAUUUUUUCUACCUAAAAAACUCAGAUCCACCUGGCCCGAACGCUCCGCGCGAAUGCCAAACCUGAGCUCGAUUACUGUAACGAAAUUCGACUGGGAGUCGCGGAGAUGAACCAAUAUUUCGGCUACAUCACCUGCAUUCGAUGGAUAUUGGGGGCUCAACGGGAAUUUCCGGGGAAGAUUCGACUUUUUCGAAAAGCCCAGAGCUUUGUUCGAGAUGCAUGGUCGACAACGUUUGGAUUCUGCGAAUUGGACUUUAUGUUUCAUGAUUAUAAAGAGACGAAUGUGCCGGAGUCCGUUUUUAAGGUGGGGAUUUGAGGAUAAAGCAGUGAAAAAAGCGAGAAAAUUAAAGGUUGUAAUUUAUUGAAACCGGGCACAAAUUUAGAAUGUUUUUUCCCAGAUUUUCUUUAAAUUUUGCACACACGUCGGGUAUGGGCUAACAAGGGAAAUACCCCGAUUGCGACGCUUAGAUUUUCUUUAAACUUUGCACACACGUCGGGUAUGGACUAAAUAUCAAUUCCUAAAAGUUUUAGUUCGCGCUUUGCGGGCGCCGCCGAGAUAUCGAACGAUUUUUGCCGCCGAGAGAGCACGCUAAACGUGGAGAGCGGUCAGAGCGAAAAACGGUUUUUGGCCAUAACUUUGGCAGUUUCGUGCGGAAAAUUUUGCUUUUUUGUAGAAACAUUAUCCUUUACGAAUAGAAGAAACUUUUCGUGCCCAAAUACGGCAAAAAGUCCUAAAUUUUUGCCGACCUUCGAUCUAAAAAUCUCGGUUGUUAAUGCAAAGCGCGAGCUAGGAUCCUCGCAUAUAUCUUAGAAAAAAUUGUUCUAAAUUUGUGCCAAGUUUCAUCAAAAUCUGAGUGUCGCACUUAGAGUACUUCCCCUGUAAGCCCAAUGGCAGAUUCCUACCUCUCACUUUGCCGAAACGACCGAGAUUUUAUAGUGGAAAAUUGGCAAAAAUUUGAUACUUUUGAAAAGUUUCAUGCUGAUUUCUACUGUAGAGUAGAGUGUUUCCACAAAAAAUUAUUUUUUUUCCACGCAAAACUGACAAAGAUAUUGGACGGAAAGGUCCGCUAAAAAAAGGAAAGAAGAGGGCGGGGACGGGGGGAGGCGCUGAUUUUGAAUAUCGUAUCCAUUUUUUCUGAAUUUUACAAUUUUCCUUAAGCAGUAGUGUUAACUAGUAAUUAAAAAAAAUUUUUUUGAGUAAUGGAUUUAGGGGUUUUCGGUGGUGCUGAUUUUGAAAAUUGUGUCCUUUCUUCUGAAUUUUUGCCUAUCUUCCUCAAUUCUUUAUGAUUUUCGAAAUCAGCGCCAUCGAAAACCUCACCCCACCCUUCCCUCCGCCCUCCUCUUUCUUUUUUUAGCGGACCUUUCCGUACUCAAUCGGCAAAUUCUCUCUGACCGAUCUCCACGUUUUACUUUUUCCCAUGUUUUCAGGGACGCUUUGACAUUUCCCGUUGCGGCUCCGGUCUUAAUGGUUGGAAUUGGAAAGAGGGGAAAAGAAUUUCAUGCGACGAAUUGAAAGAAAAGCUGAUUCAAAAGGAACAACGGUAUCGCGAGAGUUGGUAUCCAGAUCAGUCCAAAAUUAAUCACCCUCUAAAAUAUCGGGAAAUUGCGAGAUGUUGGCCGAAUUGUGAUGAGAAAUUGAGGAAUAGGACGGAAUAA